AAUUUUGUUUUUUACAGAAUCGUUACCGUAAGAUAACAAAACAAACAAAACAUAACUUCUUAAAUUUAGUACCAAUAUGAAACUUCAAAGCCUUUACCUUCCUAUUGCCAUCUUCAUCUGUGCCUGUAUAACAUUUGUUUCGGUCACUGAUGCAUAUAUUGUCGCGAUAUUUGGUGACUUGGCGGGAGGUACUAAUUGUAGAAUUUGGAUAACAGAUCAAAAUAAUAAUCGCAUAGGUGGCAAUGGUUACCACAGGUGUGAUGCCGGUGUAGCUAAAAACAUUACUUUCUCUGAUACAAAUAAUUAUGGAGUUCAUGCACAAGUACAAUUUAGUGCCAAAAACCCGAAAACCCUAGGUCCUUUUAAUGGAAAUACCUGUUUUAUUAUAGAGGGUGAUGUUUUUAAUUGGUCGUUUACUCAAGGAGCCUGUUAAUUAUUUUUGUAAGUUGACAAUUUGUAUGUAGGGGAGUAUAUAGAAAGUAA